GCGCCUGCCUAGCGGCUACCCCUGCCCGCCGAAAUGACGCGGACGCCCCCGUAAAAAGGACGCGCCAAAGGGCCGCACUCCAUUGGCCGUUUAUAUCUGUGGCGCCGGCCGCGGGACGCGUAGCCAGACGCAGACCCCCUGCCUGUUGCCCUGUCGCAGUCUAGCAUCAGGCAUCCAUCGGCGAGAGCGAGAGCGAGAGCGUUCGCAGCAAGCCUACCUCACCUUGCCUGCCUGUCUGCCUGUCUGUCUGUCUCCAGAGCUGCGCUUGUCCGGAGACGGAGCCGACUGAACAUGGCCGGAGAUCCGGGGGACGCGCCGGAGGUGGGAGGCGGCGGCAUACGCUCCGUGCUCACCACGGCCUCGCUCGUCGCUCCCUCCGGGGACGAGUUUCGGGAGAUCGACGGCAAGAUCAUCGGCCUCUACUUCGCGGCAAACUGGUAUCCGAAAUGCGAGGCUUUCACCCCGGUGCUGGCCGCGGCCUACGAGCAGCUCAAGGAGCGCGGCGCCGGCUUCGAGGUCGUGCUGGUGUCGUGCGACGAGGACCGGCCGUCGUUCGAGCGGUUCCACGGAACCAUGCCGUGGCCAGCGGUGCCUUUCGGCGACCUCAGCUGCAAGAAGCGCCUCAGCGAGAGGUUCCAGGUGGAGGGCAUCCCGCGCCUGGUGGUGCUCGCUCCGGACGGCGGCGCGGUGGUACACCCGGACGCCGCCGACCUCGUGCACCGCUACGGCGAGAGGGCGUUCCCGUUCACGGCCGCGAGGGUGGCGGAGCUGGAGGCGGAUGACCAGCGCAAGUACGCGUCCCAGACGCUGGAGAAGCUCUUCUCCGUCAGCGGGAAAGAGUACGUGAUGAACAGUGGUAAUAAUGAAAAGGCCGGGCUGCAGGUUCCGGUCUCGAGCCUGGUGGGGAAGACGGUGGGGCUCUACUUCUCGGCUAACCAUUGCGCGCCGUGUAUCAAGUUCACGACGAAGCUGGCGGCCAUCUACAGCAGCCUCAGGGGCAAGGCGGAGGACUUCGAGGUCGUGUACGUCCCCAUGGACAGGGAGGAGGACGGGUACCUGCGCUCCUGCGGCGACAUGCCGUGGCUGGCGCUCCCCUACGACGGCGCGCCGUCGCGCGCGCUGGCGAGGUACUUCGACGUGCGGGAGAUCCCGACGCUGGUGGUGGUCGGGCCCGACGGCAGGACGGUGACGCGGGACGGCCGGAACCUGGUGAACCUCUACUUCGACAUGGCCUUCCCGUUCACGGACGCGCAGAUCAGGCUGCUGCAGGAGGCGGAGGACGAGGCGGCCAAGGAGUACCCGCGGUCGCUGCGCCACCGGGGACACCGCCACGAGCUCAGCAUCGUGUCGGAGAAGUCCGGGGGAGGGCCCUACAUCUGCUGCGAGUGCGAGGAGCAGGGACUCGGCUGGGCGUACCAGUGCAUCGCCUGCGGCUACGAGAUACACCUCAGGUGCGGCCAGAAUGCGGAGGGCGGCAGCGCAGGAACUGCUUAGCUAGCUAGGCGACGUACGGCAGUCGGCAGCAUGCCAGCAUAACAGCAUCACUGGAGUGGUGUCUACCUAUUAGACUGCUGCAUGCGUAUUGGACUUGGACAUGGUCUGUGUUUGAUCCCAACAAACGUCAGCUUGCUCUACGUCAAGCAAGUCUGAUGCUAAAGUAGUCAAAUAGAUAGAUGAGAAAUGCAUAGCCUUCCUUGUAAGGCUUAGUAGGUGGUUAGCUGAGUGAACAACAAAAUGAAGCUGCAGCAAUCAAUCAAUCUACUGUGGCAGGUGUUAUGCAAAUCUUGCUGCACUGCCCAACCAAACUACUGCAUUUUCCA